AUGGACACGUCGGCGACUCCAGCAGUAAAAGAAGAAGAAGACGAAAACACCAUCGUUCCUUCUUCUCCUGCGCCACCAUCCAUCGUCGAAGAGAACGCUUCUGGAUCCCCAGACAAGGAAAAGGCUCCAGCCGAAGAUGGAGAACAGGACAAGAAGAAACGCAAAACGGCCACCAAGGCGCUGCGUAAGCCUUCAGAGGAGGUCUUACAGCGUCGUAGAGAAGGCAGAAUCAAGGCAGCUGCCACAAUCGCUCAGAACUUGAAGAAAACUGGUAUUGGCAGGUUUGAAGAGCAUAAUGGGUUUAAGCUUACUGCUGUCAAGACGGUGCCUUUGAUUAACCAGAAGAACUACUAUGCUGAUUAUUUAAAGAAGGAUGAACAGGCCACGUUGAUCAGAAACUGGCGUAACGAGAAGGUGCUGGGCGUUAGUCUGGUGAAGGGCCCCAAGAGCGCUGGAUCAGACAAGAAGACCGAGGAGGAUGACGAAGAUGACGAAGACGACGAUAAUGAUGAUAACGACAACGACGACAACGACGAUGAGGAUAAUGAGAACGCGACGGGCGACCAGCCACGCGUGAAAGUGAAGAUGGGCCAUGAUACCAUUGUGAUCCAGCCCGGCUCGUCUUUUAUCCGUCUAGGCAGAGCUACAGAUUCUACUCCAGUUGCUGUGCCUGCUGUUGUCGCUUAUAAACGUAAGGAUGGCGUUGUUGACAAGCAUGAGAAGACUCCGUUGAGAACAGAGACUGAAGACGGUGAAUACGACUUUGGCACUCAUUUCGACGAAAUGAAGGCUGUUGUCACCAAAGACUUCAAGGCCAGAAUGAGGUAUUAUAAACGCCGUGUGCAGCCAAAUUCCAGGGAACUGGCGGCCGAUUUCAAUAGGAAACAGACCGGUGAACCUAUUUCUGAACAUAACGAACCAUCCACCAGAAACUGGUUACUGAGGGAUGACGAGUUACUUGAAAAGCAUGAGUUUAUCGCUGGGUCCAAGGCCUUGGAUAUCCCGAUUUCUGAUUCCUUCUCCCAAUGGCAUCACCGUUUUCCUAUCGUCAACGGUACAUUCAACCAAAGCACAAAAGACUACCUGUCGCCCCAGGAACUUUUUGGCGACAUAAUUCGUCUUACGCAAGCUGCAUUAGAACAGAUCAAUGUUGGCAAAAGUCCGCAAGAGUUGGCUAACCUCAAGUGUUUGCUUGUCAUUCCUGACUUGUACGAUAAAGCAUAUGUGGAGACUUGGUGUGAUCUUCUUCUCCAUUCCGUGUGUUUCGGUAAAGUUGGCAUUAUUCAGGAAGCUGUAGCUGCUACAUUUGGUGCGGGUGCUUCUUCGGCUUGUGUUGUUGAUGUUGGUUCUGAGAUCACCACGAUAUCGUGUGUUGACGAAGGAAUGAUUAUCAAUGAUUCUAGAAUCCGCCUUGACUAUGGUGGUAAACAGGUCACAGAGGCAUUGACAAAGCUACUAUUACAGCAGCAGUUCCCUUACAGAGACAUUGACUUAAGCUCUUUCAACGACGAUUGGCAACUAGCUGAAACCAUAAAACAUAACUAUGCUACCUUCAACGAUGCAGACAUUGCAGUGCAACUUUAUGACUUUUACAAGAGAAAGCCAGGCAAGGAAACAGAAAAGUUCUUGUUCAAAGUGUUUGACGAAGUCAUGCUAGCGCCUUUGGGACUCUUCUAUCCUGAUUUAUUUGAGAUCGCCAAGGAACACAGAGAAAGACCAUUGCUCCCAGAGUCAUUCGACCAGUACACUGGCGAGCCCAACAAUCCUUACUCUAAAGCGCAUGAGAACUUACAAUUCGGUUCAGCUUACUCAGACAUGACAGAUGAAGCCUUGUUGGUGAAGCUUGCGGAAGAGAAAGCCAACCUGAAGCAGGCAAGUGCACCAAAGGCAUUGAACACCCAGGGGCAAAUUGAUACCCUGCUGCCAGUAACUGCCCCUCUUGAUAAGGCCAUCAUUGAGUCUAUCACUAAUGCCGGUAUUUCUACUGAUUUUGGUAAAGCCAAGAAGCUCUACGACAAUUUGCUUGUUGUUGGUGGAGGCUUGGCCAAAAUUGACAAUUUUGAUGUUCUUCUUAAUGACAGAAUUAAUAUCUGGAGGCCCAAGUUCUUGUCAACGAGCACGUUGGACGAUGUUCUCGUGUAUGUCAGCAAAGAAAAGGACAAGAUGGAUAACAGGAGAAAACAAAUGAUCGAAGAUGCUAAGAAGAAGAAGGCUGGUAGUCUGUCGAUUGACGAGGUUGAAUUGACUGAAGACGAGCUUGCAACAAUCCACAACGAUACACAGCUCUAUGUUGAUCUUGAUCGUGCAGAUGGUCUUAGCGAUCAAGGCCAGGUGGUGGCCAUCAACGUUCUUCCACCUCCAAAGGACUACGAUCCAAGAGAAUUGACAUGGAAGGGAGCAGGUGUUUUUGGCAGAUUGAAGGUUGCCAGCGAGAUGUGGAUCACUGCAGAGGACUGGGAGCUUCUUAACUCCAGAACGCUUUACUACAAGAGUUUGUUCAACUACUAA